AGUUCUUUUUCUAUAGGUGGUUAUUCUGAGAGCAGGAAGGAAGUUGGUCUCCAAUUUGAAGCGAAACAAGAAUAUUGUAACACCGAUGGAACUUAGAUAGGCGUUUUAUUUAUUAAGACUUCUCUAAGAAGGAUUGGUGUUUUAAAAUAGGGUACUUGAAACACCACAAUGGCUUCUGGACCAGAUCCUGCUGCUCGUUCCAGAUUUGCAAAGCUCGGAAUGGCAAUAAACGAAGUACUGACACAGACAUACAGAGAUAUUCUAAAGAUGGAGGUGUCUCCUAAUGAUGUUUAUAACAGAGUGAGGGCAUCACCAAUUUAUUUAAAACUCCGGACAGACCAGGAACUUCUUUUGAAAGAUGCUAACUCUUCGGGAUAUGACGAUUUUGACAUUACUCUGAUGUACACAUUGUUAAGAAACAUUUGUUCAAAGAUUCCUCACCCAACUAAAGGUUGGGGUGGGAGUUCCCUCCCUGCUGCAGGAGAUAACACUGUGGGCGACGACAUCGAAAGGAUAAGAUUAAUUCGUAACCAUGUUUAUGGACAUUCCAAUUCAGCGUCUAUUUCACAAGCGGAAUUUGAUAAAAACUGGUCAAAGAUAGAUGACGUAUGUCGCAGACUUAGGUCAUACAGUGGAAAAAACUAUAUGGGAAGUCUUAAAAACAUCACGUCACAGUGCUUAGAAAAAGAGCACGAGGGAGCUGUCAUAGCAAAAAUGAAGGAUGAGUGGAAGAGGUAUCAAUCGAUUUUAGAGAUGAUCACAUCUAUACAAACAAAAGUAGAGCAACUUACAGGAGCAUUAGUUCCAGGGGAAAAAAGGAAAGUUUCAGGAAAUCGUCUCAAACGCUUGAGAAUUCAUCAAAAGGCGAAGGAAUCGUCAAAGCAAAAAGAUGUGGAUACAUGUACAGAAAUGAUAAAGGAAACUUUAAACGCGAUGGUUGAGGUUAUCAAUGAAAGAUCGACAGAAGAAGAUAUAUAUGAUGUACAGAAUAAAUUAGAACAAUAUAUCCAGGGAGUUUCAUGUGAGGAAGACAAAGAAUCUGCUUUUCACUUACUUGAAAAUAUGAAGAAGAAAAUUUUCUGGUUUGCAAAAAUACACCCAGAUAAACAAAUCACUGUUCUGAAAAGAUUUGUUGAUUUUUUGUUCGAACUCAGAACAAAGUACGAUGUGGAUAGCGUUCUGUGUAAGACCGGAAGUGUCCUGUUGGAAUUGACUUUUGGAACAGAGAGCGGAUACACUAGGUUUCUGGACGAUGUAAAGAAGGGAAUUUUUGGUCAGAGAUUGAACGGUAUAUUUGUUGAUGGAGAUCUUCUUUCUAUAGUCGGCCUGAUGAAGGAAGAAAUAUACAUUUCUAUUACAGAUAUUAUGAAUGAAGCAGAAACAACAGACAUACUGAUAGCUCCUGAGAAUACAAAAGCGGAAACAACAGACAUACCGAUAGCGCCUGAGAAUACAAAAGCGGAAACAACAGACAUACCGAUAGCUCCUGAGAAUACAGAAACUCCAGUGCUAGGUGUAACUACACCUCCCCCUCAUUCCACCAUAGGUUCACCAGUAACAGUUGCAGUAAGAUCUCUUUCAUCAUUCAUCAAAUAUCAUGAAACACUUGACAAACCUCUUGGAACAUAUCAACAGGGACGAAAUCCAACGUUUUCCAAAAUGCACGGCAAAAAUAUUGACAAGGAUAAAAAUCACCCAAGGGGUAUUAAUACACUCAAAUGGAAAUUUUCCGAGUCCCAAGGAAUAGCAUUUUCGGAUUUCCCACUCAAAGAAAACCGGAAGUAUGAGGCUAUCUUCAAUGGAAGUGGGCAUGCUAGCAUCGGACUCACGCAAACCGAUCCGGAAAACUUGAAAACUUUUCCCCAAGCAAUUGAGAAAGAUCAGAUACUUUUUUUGACCGAUAUUCGUUUCCACAAACGUACAUGUAUUGUAGACAUUGUUAAGAGAGAUGACAGUACGGGCUUCGUCUUUGAGACUCAUUAUCAAAAGGGUACUACCCAGAAGAAGACGCUAGUGCAUACCGCUGAUGUUUGGAUCGUGAUAUAUCUGAAGUUUGGAGAUAUAAGUGCGGAAUUGAAAGACAAAGAAAACCAAGCAGCUCUCCGAUUCCAUAAGAAACAUGACAAGAAUAUUACACUCACCAGAGAACGAUAUAAAAUAUCUCUUACUGUGCCCUAUCCUUUGGCUUAUGCAUUCAUAGGGGACGCCAUAGCGAAGGGACAGAGCAUCCACGUCCAAGCUCGCCACGUGGACGACAACAAAAAACCACGACAAUAUCACUUGCGGAUUGGCAUUUCUAACACUACUGCAAUUUCGUCCGAUGAUUUGCAAUUUUCCCUGAAUGUUGUUCACAAACUUGAACGAGACAAUUGUAUUGGGGAUAUUUAUAUAUGUGUAACUAAGCGAGGACGUUUUCACAUAUGGAAAGACGUUUGCCUAUUCGUUAGGGAUCUGUCCAGGUCAAAUGUCAACCCGAGAAAACCACUGUAUGUGUGUUUCGAAAUAGUUCGCAUCUGCUUAGAAACCUUUGGAAUUUCAGUUUGUACUCACAAAACGGAGGGAAUUGAAAAUCCCGGACCUUCCGUUGAAAAUAAACCGUAUGUCUCGUUUUAUCAUGUUGAUUCUCUGCGUCAUCUCGACCAAAAGUUGUCAGAUGGUAAGUUCACUGCAGAAGAUGUUAGAACAAUAAAUAAUAUAACAGAAGAUCUAACAGAGUACGCAAAUUUCGUGGUCUCGGAUGUGGAUCACGAGCGUGAAGCAACGGAGGAUGAUUAUUUAAUACCAGUAUCAGCCACCCUAGGAACGAACGACAGCUGGAGACAGGAGAAGACGGAUCAGGACCCUCAGGAAUCUGAUAACACACCCAUGUUGACGAUAAUCUACGAAAUGCUGGUGAAGAUGGCACGAACAGCUGAGAAACAACAUCUUGAACGACGUACAUUAAUGACAGAUCUACAGGUGGUUCUUCAAAAGAAUAUAGAAAGUAUUGAAAUGAUACAGAACUAUUUCAAAUCUCCAUCACAUGAGAAACCACGACGCUAUGCAAUGGAUUCCUUUUGCAGACACCUACGAACAAUUUGUGCCGAUUUCAUUCAGAGCGUGUUCGUUUUUCCACUUUGCGACCAUUUGUUUCAAUACGAAAUACUACAUCUUGAACAAUACACAGUGAUUCGUGAAGAAUACAAACGUCAACCAAUCGAAGCCAACAGGACUCUUUUCCGCUUUCUAUCAAUAGAAAACUACACGCCCGAGCAAUUAGAAAACAUAAAACAAGCCUUCAUUAGAAGCAAUCAAGAACAUUUUCUGCCUCAGUGAGGUUAACAUGUUCGUAAUCUACGAAUUUCGUCAUCCUCACUAGCUACAUACAGUGCUCACCUCGUGUCGUAUGCUCGGUUUCCUGUCGCGAAAGACCUCGGUCAAGUCAGGUCUCGCCCGUCCUUUUCCGUAACCGAAAAGAUGACGGUGAACCGAGCGUAAAGAUUUAUUUGCUGUUACGGUUGAUCUUGAUCGUUGAAAUUGAAAUCCCUGGAUUUAUUUUAAUACUGUGUCUCAUUAGGAUUUGACACGAUAAACAAUUCUCACUUCAUUGCAUUGAACUGAUUUCAUGUUGGUGUCUUGUAUGGACUUUUCUUGCUGGGACGUUAAACACAAUUAAUCAAUAGAUCGACGAAUUGAUCCAGUAAUAAGUCAUUCAAUUUGAUAUGUUAUUUCUACGACAGAAUUGAACGGAAAGUUGCGUGUGUUUGCGUUCGUUUGUUUUAGUAUCUGAAACUGUGCGGACAACCCAUCAAUAGUACCACCCCGGGGUCUUUCAUCGCAUUCUGACCGACGGGAGAGGACGAAACAGGCGGACAUUUGAUUGUGUCCUAUACCAUGUACAUAUCUCAUGCAUGUUGUUUUUAUUUCCACCUGCAUAUGCAUGGGGUUGUUAAUUUCAAUCUGCAUAUGCAUGAAAUUGUUGACUUCAUGUUGACGUCAAAUGAGGAUAUACAGAGUCCGUGUGUGUCCAGCUUUUAAUUAAUUUUGUAUUCCUUAUGGGAGUUGUGAGAUUGAUCAGCUUAAACAUAUUGAUUUUAUUUUUAUUUAUCUACAGAAAAUUUCAAUAAAUAUGUAGAUAAUGUUGACAAUGUGUUUUGGAGAGAUGUGUUUAAAGCAUUAUCAAUAUUUAUCUCUCUUUGUGUGAUAGAUUUUUGAAAUUUAGAUAAAGGAAACUCUUUAUACGAAUCUGUUGACAGAAGCAUUAAGACCUUGUAUGACUUAGUUUUUCAAAUGUGUUAAUGAUGUAAAAGAUGUGAUUGAUACAAAGAAUAUUUUGAGCUAUUACUGCCUUAUUUCAAAAGUAUCCUUAAAUAUUAAAAGACAAAUAGCUGCUUCUACAAAGUAAAUCAUAAAGCGUUGCAUCCAAAUCAUUGUAUUGUACAGAAAAUGCAAUCUAGAUGUAAAACUUAUACGGUACCAAUUUUGAUGCACCAGAUGCGCAAUUCGACAAAUAAUGUAUAUUCAGUGAUGCUCAACCGAUAUGUUUGAAAUCCGAAAUAAGAAUGAACGUUUAAAGAUAUUAUAGGGAAAAACAGGGGGUCAAAAAAGUGGAGUCAAAUUCGUCUAAGGAUAAGAGCCAUUUUCAAAUUUUUGUGUUAAUAAUUUUAUCGAAAUGGUAUUUUGCAUUUUAGAAUAACGUUUUAAUGCUCAAUUGUUUGAAAUAAAAAGAUUACCAACAAGUCAAAA